GCCGAUUAUGUGAUAUCUCUUUGUAUACCGCUUCUUCAUUCCCUUUUUCAGGGCGAAAGCCACCCGUCCUAAAAUACCAGCUUACGCCGUCCUCGAAGGUUCCAAGUCAGCUAGUUCAAUGCCUAGAUGGAUGACGUGUCUGAAUCCGAUGUGCUGCCACAUUCAUGAGGCUGCGGCAGGCCAUUGCGUUGACAGGGAUCCUUCAAGUUGAAGCACACGGUGUGCCAUCUGAGAGGUAUGGACCCUGCAGGUACUCCGAGUUGCUGGCAGGCAAGGCUGAGGCGGAGAAUGAGACUGUGGCGUAUUAUCAUUCCCCUCUGUCGACAGUCACGCUGGUGAUUAUUCAAGUUGUGCGGCUUGAGACUUUGUACGCAGCAGGCUAUCUUCCCGGAGAUGACAACUCUUCACCUGCUGGGAAUAUCGUGUAUGUCCUUGUGUUUAAAUCGAGUUGUGGGGCUCGCGAUGCACAGGAACGAGUGUACACGGCGCCCCUUGCGUGAUGGCUUCAACCUCCUUGCGAUUAGGCCCUGUCAGUGAAUCGUGCCUCUGCUUCAUUGUAAACGCUAAAUGCAGCCAUAGGGACGACCUUAUCCCCUCUUGUCCCUUGCUGGUGACGUGACAGCCAGUCCAUUUUAUCGAUUUCUCCUUCGUUUAGUGAGAUAAGGGUGUUGAUGUUAUCAAUGGAGCGAUCUACGGCACUGGCAGGUUAGCCCAUAAUAAGAAGGAACGACAGUCUCAUACAUGGUCUGCCUAGUCUGCACAGGCUCCUAGGACUGAGGACCACUAGAUCACUUCUCGUCGUUAAACCCUAAAUGGCAUUCCCGACGUCAUUGCAAUUGCAAGGAAUGAUUUGGUUUCAUUUCCAUAAGCC